UAUUAAAAUAAAAAACAGUAUUUAUUUGAAAACAUUGUAAUCAUGAAAGCUGCAAUAUUUGCCUUGGUAUUCAUUGCUGUCUUAAUAUGCGCUAUCGAGGCUCAGCAUCGACCGGCCGUCCUAUUAGGUCGGGUGCGGCCACUAAUCCGCGAAUACGAGACCCAUUGGCAGCGACACCGGUAUAGCAACCGGAAACUGGCCGCCAGACUGGACAAGGAGUUACGGGCCGUACGCGAGUUGGAAAGGGAGCUCUCGAGGGCCAGUCGUACGCUCGACUACAAGCGCUACAGUGCCUACGAAAAGAGGUAUCUCCGACACCAGAGCCGGUUGAGAGAGAUGCUGGUCCUGAUGGUUGUGCUCAUCAAUGUGACUACUGGUCAACGGCAAACACCCGGACUAUUCAUCAGCACCCGUAUCGGACCCCUACUGUCAACAUACGAGACCCACCUAAACCUCUACCGCCAUAACCAUCACCAACGGCACCGGUAUCUCGAGUUGGAGCGCGAGGUCCGUGAAAUACAACGUCUGGAACGGGAGCUCUUGGAUAUGGAGGCAUCGGGUGUUGGACUACUGGAGCCGGACUACCUGUUCGACGCGGAAAGGCGUAUAAUGAGACACCAGCAACGGUUGGCUGAGAUACUUGCUUAAUGGUGGGCACCGGUAGUCUCGAUAAUGUAAUUCAUGUUCUUAUUAUAAGACUAUGGUAUUCCCCAUAAAACCAUUGUUCGUGUCUAUGAUUAUAUUUCUUAUGCAUGCAAACCAUUGUUGUAUUUAUUUUUAUGACCCUAU